AUGGCGUCUUCUGCCACACGAGGUCGUGGUAUUGGAAGAGGUAGAGGCUUUGGUGUCCCCAAAACUCAAUCGAAACCGGGAGAAGCCACAUAUGUGCAGCAAAAUCCUUCUCAGAGCAAAUCAACACAAGAGAUUGAUCUUAAAAUAUUGCUAAGUGAUCUGAAAGAAGAGUCUUUGGACGACAAAGUUGAUAAAUUAUCGAGCUACAUUUGCUCCUCUGAUUCUGCCGGUGACCAUUCUGCCUCGAAAAUCACACAAGUUGUGGACAGUUUGAUCCAACGAAGCAUGAAGGACAGUGAAUUUUCACCGUUAGCUGCUAAGGUCGCCAACAAGCUUUGCUCUGAUGAGACAAACGGGAACACAUUUAGAAGUGCCCUAUUGAAAGCUACUCAAGAGAAUUACAAAAAUAGGGAGAGUAUUCGUAGAAAAUCAGUUAGCGAAUGGAUGGGACUUGUUAGCUUAAUAUGUGAACUUUUCAAUCAUCUGCGUACCGGUGGUCUUCCACUGAAACCUUUAGCAGGGGCAGUGUACCAAACCUUGGUUGAACUUCUAAGAGUUGAAGAAGCCAUUGUUAGCCAGAAUAAAGACGAAGAAGAAGACGAAAUAGACUGUUUCUAUUUGAAUUUUAAGACUGUAGGAAAGCUCUUGAAAAGUGUCGACCAGGUGAGUUGCAGCGAUGAACAGCAGUACAAACUAACACCCUUCCCCUUCUGAAAAUACCCGUAGGAGAUUUUCCAAGAGAUCAAAAUGGACUGAUGACCACCUCGUCAGAAACUGUGUUAGGGAAAAAUGAAGAACAGUUCCCCCAAAAUUCUGUCAGUCAUCUGUCAGCAGACUGCUGACCAACAUUCAGCCAACAGAUAAGUUACAGUUGGACAGCAGACAAACCAACAGAAUUGCACAACUGCCCAUGAGAGAUAAAAUGGAAUUAAACUCUGUGUGUGCUUACAAAAUAUAGUUAGAAAGUCCUCUGUGAGAUGUUGAAACCCACUUGGCCUGCCAUAUAUAAAAAGAGAAUGCCUGGGUGUGAAAGCCAAGGGUACAGAGUUACUGCCUUGGAUUUCAAAGGAUAAGUUGUUUUGGUGGCAAAGUAAAACUAAGUAGUUCGGUUUUGUGAACUGAGUUGAGAUAAUUUGUUUGCCAUAAAGAGAUUAAAGGGGUGAUGGCUUGAGCAAAACCCUUUUUUCAGUACAAUUCCAUGGGACCCUUUCCUGCUGGCACUCAAAUCGUCUGCCUUUAAAUCUCUUCACAGUGCAAAAGCCUUAUAAAUUCGCUUCAUUGUAACAGAAGUUUUGAGUUGUUGUUUAGAGAUUUCUACAGUCAGACAGGAAUGUGUAACUUUAAAAUCUUUCUAAAUAAUUUUAGACUUCUCACAUGAUAUGUUAUGGGUCAUUGUUAACAAUACAAAUAUGCAUCAGUGUGUCCUUAGCCUGAUUUGUGACUAGUUAUUACAAGUGAUUGAUACAUAGUACACUGAACAGGCAAGCGCACAGUAUUAUCCUAAUUUAUUGUUGUUCCUUCUUAAUUUUACUUGCAGGCAAAGUUUGAUGACCUUGUUGGAGGAAUAAGAGACACGAUUCUUGCUGACAAUACAACUGGCAAAACAAGGUGUCUGCUACUAGAGCUUCUUGAACUUUAUGCACGUGACUGGAAUAUCAGCACUGAUUUGGAGCGUUACUAUUGUGAUAUGUUAGCUGACAUCAUGGCCAAAGAUGCUUAG